AUGGCGGUCCUAGCAAUUGCUGCCCCUUCUGAGGACAUUCUCGGAAAGCCUGGACUCUAUAAUGCCGCGAGCAAAUUAAAGGUUGAUAUCCUCUCGAUUUCAGAGGUUAUGAGGUGGGACGGACAGGAAGACUUGAGCAAGUACGAUAACGACAGCGAGGACGUCAAUGAGAUGCUGGAGGAAGCCAACGUUCCCGAACCACCUGACCGAGUAAAGGGGAUUUACAACUCGGAAGAAGCAACUGAUGUGCUUCGUAAAUUAGGAUCGAACCCGGACGACGAAAUAGUAACGGAAGGAAACGGAAAGGAAAAGAUGCGGGGAAUUGAGAGAUGGAACUGGAUCAUUAAACGGUCCUUUUUCUAUCCUCAGUACGACGCGGCAAAAAAAAUGUACGAGAUCAUUAGCGGCCCCGAAGACAGUCCAGAGCGUGAGAAGGCAAUGGAAACUUUAAACACACUGAAGACCCUAAUCGAUGCGGAGAUCGGAAGGCAACACUAUCCAUCAGCAUGGGGAAUACCCACGCCAGGGGAUUACCUUGCCGCUAAGGAGGCAAUCGAGGCCAUUAACAGCUGCGAGCCAGAUGAACACGCUAAAAUCCUAGGAGUCUCUGAGCGGGCUACCGAGGAAGACGUAAUAAACGCCUGGAAAACCCGCGGACGUCUGAUAAACCCAGAUCGGAUGAAGCCGCUGGAGGAUGCUUCGAAAGCAUUUGAGAGACUCAAAGCCGCCGCCGAGGCCAAGGGUGUAGAUGACUAUUACAUCGGCCUCGUAGAAGAAUGGACUGGCGAUGCGAAUGACGAUGGCGAAGGCGAGCGACCCAAGCCAGAGGAGGUGUCUAUGCCUACACCCCCGGAAUGGGUUACAGAUAUAUAUAAGGCAGCGCAAGCGGAGGAGCUGAUCGAUAGACUCAAGCGCGACGCAGCAGACCCUAUGGUUAGAGGGGGAUUAGAGUCCUGGAAUAAUGAAAUUCGGAGCCGAAACGACGCGGAGGGAAGAUCACAAGAUACUUGGAUAAUUCCGAGUUCCGAGCUUGUACCUCACUACGGGAUGUCACAAGCAUACUAUACCAAGCUCCAGGAGGAGCCGAACGAUCAGGAGGCAAAAAACAAGCUAAAUUCUCUAAAAAGCCAACUCGAUGAAGUGAUCAAACGACGUCACCUCCCUACGGAGUGGACUAUCCAAACAGCUGAGGAAUUCUUAGAAGAAUAUCGACAGCGGAAAGAAGCUAACUGGGUUGCUGACGAUGCUGCUCGGGCGAUGUCAGACCUUGAAGUGCGGAUCAAAAAAUACCUCCACGACAAGGAAGAGCAGAACAUGCCACAAGAGGCCGCUUCUGCGCUUGAAAAUCAGGCAAAGGCUGAACUUCGCGAAGCUGCUGACGCCGCGGAAGAAGUGCAGGACGCGCCUCAUGCGAAGGUCAGGACAGCAGCGGCAGCUGUAGAAGGUUUCCUACACGACGCCUGGGAACUUCUUGAAAACGCACGAAAACGAGAGGCCCCAAAGCUCGCCACGGCAGCAAGCCCGCCGGCCCCGCCGAGCACGGCUCCUACACCCGCACAAACCGCACAGGCCCCAAAGCCCGCCGCGGCAGCAAGCCCGUCUACGCCUAGCACGGCAGUGAAGCGACCCUGGGAUUACCCGUGGCGCACAGUACCGACAAAAGACAGCGACUGGGAAAUUGUCGGUAUAGUGCCGACGGGAGGAAAAGAUAAGACAGGCAAGAGUAGAAACAAUUUUGUCUUAUUGGAAAGCAUGAGCCGCGGGAAGAAUGGGAUUCCGUAUCAGAAGUUUGAAUCUGCAUCAAAAGUGGGACUCUGGCUAGUCGGCGGCCACAUCAAGCAAGGCAACUGCAAAGACCUGACACGACAAGGGCCCCCUCUGACAUAUAAGGACCGUGAUGAUUUCGAGGAACUACUCUGUGUCUCGGACGGAAGGGUUCAGAUGCAAAACUUGGACUCACGUUCUCGUGCCCCGUGGACGAGGUGCACGGUAAGACUUAAAGGCGGUAUACGCGUUGCUCAAGCGAGCGAGGUGUUGAGAGUCCUGGGCGAGACAGAUUAUAAGAACAAAGUGGGAAAAAAAUGCAAGGAGUUGGGUAUCCCGCCGCCAUGGAAGAGGGAGCCAUUAGCUGUAUACAAAAAGACAAAUCCAGCUACUUCGGAUGAUGAUGACGACGACGGGCGUAUCAAGCACGGUAUCCCGGCUGUGGUCUUGCCAGCAAACACGGGAGCCACCAUGCCUGGUAAUGAUACUACAUCUCGCUCGCCAUCACCUGCUCAAGACGAUAAGAGGAUGAAGGACGUGGAAGCGAGAAUGGAGAAGUUAACCCUAACGGUGACUGCGAUGCAGGGAACGAUGGAGGUGAAGAUGACCGAGAUGCAGGGAAAGAUGGAUGAAGAGGUGACCGGGCUGAAAACAACAAUGGCUGAGGCGACGGCAAGGAUGAACAAGUUCGAGGAGACGACAACGGAGAUAAAGACGAAUAUAGCCGAGAUAAGGGGACUCCUCGCAGCACUCGUAGGCAGCCUCCAGGUACAAGCGGGAACAGUUCCGCAAUAA